CUACACGCAGAGAUUUGGCCAGCAGAUCUACGUGUUGACAGUGGUGCCGUCUACGUUUCUAUACUGUUCUAUACCCAACUGUACCCAAUCACUGAUAUGUAUACUACACUAAUAGCUGAUAGUGCGAGAGUACACAUAUCAGUGUCUCCACACUUAUGGAUGCUUAUGCACACAAAACCUACGAUUGAAAUUGAAUGAAAAAUGUAUUACAACUUUAUCGCACGAUAAACGGUGAAAUAAAACUGUAAUACAAUGAGAAUGGAAGAAAUACUACAUUUCCUCGAAUGACGUGGCAAAUUGUUUUGUUAUCCUGGUCAUAUUAAUGAGCGUUCGUAUAAACGAAUGACAUUCGUAGUUUGACUUCUGUUAAGCGUACAAGUUAAAUAAACAAUUGUUUCAUAUGAUGGAAACUAAAAAUUCAUCUGAUAUUUUGUGUUCAUUGGAAAAUGGAAUUCAGAAGAUCGUGUUGAAUCGACCAAAAAAGAAAAACGCUAUUACGAAACUUAUGUACGAAGAAAUAUCCAGAAUACUAGAUGAAGCUAUUCAGAAUGAUAAAAUAUAUGUGGUAGUCUUAACUGGGACUGGAAAUUUUUUUAGCAGUGGAAAUGAUUUUCUUUCUUUAGCAACGAGCCAAGGCAAUGAUUCUGAAAGCUUAGAAAACACACUCAGUAAUUUUAAAAAUUUUGUGGAACGUAUAAUUACAUUUCCUAAGCUUUUAGUAGCUGUUGUAAAUGGUCCUGCUAUUGGAAUUGCAGUAACAAUAUUACCGUUAUUUGAUAUGGUAUAUGCAUCGCAUACGGCUACCUUCCAAACACCAUUUACUAGUUUAGGUCUUGUUGCAGAAGGAUGUUCUACAUACACAUUUCCUAAAAUAUUUGGACACUCUAAGGCUGGUGAUAUGUUAUAUUUAGGUUAUAAAAUGAAUGCUCUCGAAGCUAAGCAAUAUGGUUUAGUCAGCGAAGUAUACAAAGAGGAACAUUUAAAUGAUGUAUGGAUAUAUUUAAAAACAGUGUCUUUACUUUCACCAAAGUCGAUAGUGGCAAUCAAGCAUUUAGUUAGGAAAUGGAACAAACAAAUUUUAUUGGAAGUUAAUUCACGAGAAUCUGCUGAACUUUUGAAAUUCAUACAAUCUUCCGACUUCAUAGAAAGACUUAUAAAUACUAUGUCGCGUAAAAGCAAAAUUUAAAGAUUCUUGCCAUAGCUUGAGAGUCAGAUGCUGGAUUCCAGUCUGAAUCAAAUAAUACAAGUCUAGAUGCUCCAGGCAGAUUUAAUCCAACUCCGCCAGCUUUAGCACUUAAUAAAA